GACUCUUUUCCUUCCUCAGCUUAGAUAUUUUCUCCAGCUGCCCUUUUGGCUUUUCUCACUCUUUUUUUAUAGUACUUGAGUUUUCAGGGUUUAGCUAGGGUUCUUCAACUACUCCUUAAAUAUGGGAAUUGGGUAUUAGCCAGAAAUAGGAGUUGGAGUCUGUUCUUGUGUUAAUAAUGCCGCCUUCUUGUCUGAGUGGAGGUGGGAGAGCAUAUAAAUUGGAGGUUGAGAUAAUCAAGUCCCCAUUAUCAUCAUCAUCUUCAUCUACUUGUUGGGCCUCGCGCUUAUCUUCUUCUUCUCCAUCCCCCACUCUCUCAGAAUCCACCAAUUCUUCUUCGCUUGCGCUCUCCACCAGAAAGCCUCGCACGCCUCGAAAACGCCCCAACCAAACAUACCAUGAAGCCGCCGCGCUCCUAUCCACGGCCUAUCCCGCCGUAUUCACAAGCAAAUUCGCCCCGCCGGAAAACCCCGCCUUUUCCUCCUUCUCCGACCUCCUCUUCUCCGAGACACACCCCACUCGCAAUGAUGAUGAUGAUACAUUUCUUCUACAAUAUUCCCCAGUUGAUGAAAGAAUCCAGCCUGCUGCUCUCCCUUGUAAACUGCUCGCCGGCUGGGAAAUCCACGACUCGAAUUCGCGGCCCAUUAGCUUCGAUUAUUGCGAGGAUUUUCAAGACGGGUUUGACGCGGCGGGUUCAAUUUUGGAUGGGGAGAUUGAGGAGGGCGGUAUUGAUAGCAUUAUGGGGAAGCUCGGUGGGAUUGGGGGCGACGAUUCGGCACUAAAGGAGGGUGAAUGGAUGGGCGCUACUUCUUACGGGUUUCCAAUUGGGAUGGGAUUUAAGGCGGCCAUAAAGAAUAAUGGAGAUUAUUGGUGGAGGUUUCCGAGCGUUAACGUGGUGGACAUCACCCCAAACCUCGAGAAAUCUGCGCCGGCGCCGGAGAAGAUGAAGAAUAAGAAGAAGAAGAAGAAAAAGAAAGUAGAAACGCUGGGUGAAUUUCGGAUUGCUCAGGAAGAAGAGAGGUCGUUGUCGUCUUCUUCAGCUCAAAGUAAAGAGGAGUCCAGCAAUAUUCCCAACCCGAAAUCCACUUUGCUCCUAAAAUUGAACCACCACAGCGUUUUGACGGAGUGGAUGGACCGCCCAUUGCCCUUCUCCGAUGAAACUCUGUGCUCCGGAGCUACCGGAACUGAUGUCCAAGCUAGAUUGGCACAAAUAGACUUAUUCUCAGAGAGUGGAGUUAGAGAAGCAAGUGUAUUGCGUUACAAAGAAAAGCGGCGCACGCGCCUUUUUUCUAAGAAAAUAAGAUAUCAAGUCAGAAAGGUCAAUGCUGAUCAACGGCCUAGAAUGAAGGGACGUUUCAUGAAAAGCCCAAAUUCUCCCGAUGAUAGCGAGCAAGGAUGAUGCAUAACCAGCAGCCAUCUUUCAAUUAAUUACAAGAGUUACGUUUGGUCACCACAUUAUUCCUCUUCAUAUGUACUUUUCAUUUUUGUUUACUCUUCAGUGUUUUUUUAAUCAUUAUCUGCCUAAUUUUGUUUCUGGACAUUUAUACGUUCGGAGGAAGGAAGAUAGACUAGUUGCUAAGAGAUCAAUCAGAUCAGAAUAAUAGUCCAAAGGCCAGUUUUCCCCUUGU